CGUCGUCCGUCGCCGUGUGUGACGCCCCGGCGGUGAGGGAAACAUGGCGUGCCCGUGGCUCAGGCAGUGCAGGCGGUGGAGCACGAACUGUACGGGCGCCGGUCUAUUGGAAACCUUGAGGCACUUCAACGGCCGGUCGGUGCCGUUCUCCGCGGCCUCUCUCGAGCGCACACCGCGGAGCCCCGGGCCGGGGAGCGAGAGGCAGCUAUCAGCUUUACAGACUGCGAUGCAACCAAAAACAUUUCACUCCAUCAGAUAUCUACCCAGGCGCAGUCCGCGGCUGCUGAAUGCGACCCUGCAGUCCUGCGGGUGCAUACGUAGUGCGCACACCGACGUGAAGCUAAAGGACCCCUUCACGUUAGCGCAGAAAGAUUUAACCAACUUAUACGAUGACAUCAGAAAGGAGCUGUUUGUAUCCAAAGAGGAGCUGAAGGUGCUGUGUGACUACUACUUUGAUGGCAAGGGGAAGGCCAUCCGACCGAUGAUCGUCGUCCUCAUGGCUCGGGCGCUCAACGCCCACAGCAACAGAUCCGGCGAUCUGCUCCCGGGGCAGAGGACCAUAGCCAUGAUCGCGGAAAUGAUCCACACCGCCAGCCUGGUGCACGACGACGUGAUCGACGGGUCGGACAAACGACGGGGAAAGAGAACCAUCAAUGAGGUGUGGGGGGAAAAAAAGGCCAUCUUGGCCGGAGAUUUCAUCCUUUCGACGGCCUCCAUGGCGAUGGCUCGCAUUGGGGACAACACAGUCGUGAAGGUGAUGUCUCAGAUCAUGGAGGAUCUGGUGCGAGGGGAGUUCAUGCAGCUCGGCUCCAAGGAGAACGAGAACGAGCGAUUCAAACACUACCUGGAGAAGACCUUCAAGAAGACGGCGAGUCUAAUUGCAAACAGUUGUAAAGCAGUUUGCGUUCAGGUAAAUUCUGAUCCUAAAGUUCAUGAAAUAGCCUACAAAUACGGCGAGAACGUUGGCAUUGCAUUUCAGCUGGUGGACGACGUCUUGGACUUCACAUCAGGAGCCAGUCACCUGGGGAAGCCCUCGGCUGUGGACCUCAAACUGGGCUUGGCCACUGGGCCGGUCCUCUUUGCGUGUCAACAGUUCCCUGAGCUCCAUUCAUUGAUCAUGAGACGCUUCAGCUCUGAAGGAGACAUCGAUCGAGCCUGGCAGUACGUCCUUCAGAGUGACGGCGUGCAGCAGACCCAAUACCUGGCCCAGCGCUACUGCCACGAAGCCAUCCGGCAGGUCAGCAUGCUGAGGCCGUCGGAGGAGCGGGACGCCCUCAUCAGGCUCACAGAGAUGGUGCUAACGAGGGACAAGUGAAGCUCCUCCUCCUCCGCCACGUUGCGCCUCCGGCAGCUACCUGCGGACACAGCGGCUCGCCCACCAACUCUGGCGUUUACGCUGACCCUGGGUCAGAGGGAGAGUUGAUUUAAGAACAAUGGGAGCUUGGUUCACACGGACCCCUGGUGCUGACUUGGUACAUACCAUAUUUAAAUAUAUUGAUACUGAUUCUAGUGCACAUCUGGAUUCAGGUUUCCUGGACGCCAAACGCAGUAAUCGUUCGGGGGGGGGGGAAGCAAAUGUUCUGAACUUGAAAUGGCUGAGCCUGAAAACGGCAGAUUGAGUAAUGUGAUCUCCUCCUGCGCCUUUCAGUCCGUCGCGUGCCGGCGCUGCAAAGUGAGUGUAAUCCGAAACGCGUUUUGUUUUGGGCCGACGUCGUCUGUUAAGAUACGUCUACAGUCAUGUGUCACUGUUACUUAAUGCAAAGUGCCCUAAAACAACUGAAAGCCUUAUCAUCUUAAAGGACUGCUAUCAAUAAACCCACAAUCAUGCUUUUUUUUUUUUUUU